UAUUGCUACUGCUGCUGCUAUUAGUAGUGAUGGUGUUUUUGUUACUGCUGGUGGUGAUGACAUUACUGCUGCUACUGCUAUUGAUAGUAAUGGUGUUUUUGGUGCUGGUGAUAAUGAUAAUGAUGAUGAUGGUAUUGCUGCUACCAGUGAUGUAUAUUUUCAAUGUCUUAAACAUUUUGAGACUGUCCCACACUAUGUUUCAAAAUGUUUCACAUUAAGUCCCAAUAUCCCAG